AUGGGAUUUUUCCCAAUGUUCUCGUUAGCUUCUUUGCUGUUAAUCCUAAUCAGCACAAGUCUGGCAAGAGCAGCCUUUCCUGAAAGCAAAACAAAUACUACAACAUAUGAUGAAACAAUUGCUGAACACAUUGAAGGUGAAGAAGAAGAAGUGUUCUUCGGGGGACUUGCUGCAUAUCCAUCGAAGUAUAUUUCUUAUCGAGGCCUGCAGAAACCACCAAUCUGCAAUGCAAAUAUAUAUGGAAAUUGCAUACAACCUAUUGGUAAGAGCAAUCGGCCUUGCACUUUAUAUACUCGUUGCAAACGAGGACUCAAAUAA